CGGAAGGCAGGGGCGCUUCCGAGGCGGGGCCAGCCGGGCGCGUGCGGCCAUGGUGAAGCGGCGGCGGCGGCGGCAGGAGGCUGCGGCGGUGCCCGCGGGCCCGCCUUCCCCGCCGGACCCCGAUGACGAGGAGGCCCCGGAGGAGCUGUCCUUCGGCGCGGCGGCGGCGGCGGCCGAGAGCGAGCGGCAGCUGGCGGGGGAGGCGGCGCGCAGGCACCGGGAGCUGCUGAAGGAGAGGCGGCGGCGGCGGCAGGAGCUGUUCGCGGAGCAGAAGAGGAGGAAGCUGCUGCCCGAGGCCCUGCUGCAGGAGCUGACCGCCGGACGACCGGACAAGCCAGCCGCAGCUGAGCGAGACAAACAGCCUGGCCGUAGGUCUGAGAAGCAGAGCGAAGGCCGUGUGCUGAAACAGGUGAAGCAGGACAAAGCCAGGGGUGCCAGGUCGAAAGGAAACUAUACAGCCAUGCACUUAAAAGAUCAGAGUUUAACAGGCCUCCACCAACAAACAGCCAAAGACUUCGUGUACAGCCAUCUCUACGGCCCAGGCACCAACCGAACAAGCGCAAAUGAAUUUUUUUCCCUCGCAAACAAGAAAGAUCCAGUUAAAAAAGCUGCAGUUCAGUUUGUGGACAAAUCUUGGGGGCUAGAAAAAAAGGAAAAAGCAACAAAGUUUAAGAAACACUGGAUUGCAAUGAAGAUGUAAAGUACAGCAUGAAGACAGCUUUUCCACAAGAUGCCAUCAAGGACAUAGGCUGAAAAUUAAUUUCUCACCAUCUAUACGUAAUAGCUGCUUUUUUCCUGCCCCUUCUCCAUCACCACUGCUCUCUUUCAGCAGGUACUGAUCUUUACAGAGCUGUGUCCCCAUCGCCCUGUGUUCUUUACUUCCCCCUUUCAGAACUUACUGGGGGCAGCUAACAAAGCGCUGGGUCACAGCAGGGACAGUGUGACCUUGAGGGGCUGCUACAGCCGGGCUCAGAGCUGGACUCCAUUUCAUGAGAGAAUAAAGAUGAAUGAGUUUGUAC